AGCUGAGCUUGAACAGCUGUCGCGCGCGCACCUCAUUGGUCCUUGUUGAUUUUGUAUUUUUCCAGUCACCUGUUUUUGUUAGCGGAUUCCAUGCCCAACCUUUGUGUUAUGUCAUUAAGCGAUGUGAAAUAACACAACCAUGUGAAUUUGGGAGUCCUCGUUUUGGUCUUUAAAUUACAGCGGAAGGACGAGCUGUGUUUGCUGUGCUGAAAGCUCCAAAAUCGCGAGGAGACAGGACGGCUCCGUCCGAACGUCGCUGAAGCGAUGAAGAGGAAGAACCACUCUAUUGGAGUUUUCUUACUCUUCUGGAGACUGUCGCUGUUUCUCGGUUGGGACAACACACCUGGAAACUGCUGCAGGAGAUGCCAGCACCAGUGGUCACAUUGCGUUAAAAUCAAAUGACCCAUAUGCAAGGAAAUGCAGACCUGAAGAGUAACAUGUGUUGGCCAGUGUAAGGAGGUUGACCAUGCUCCAAGAACUCGACAAGUGCCAAUGUCUCCCUCUGACUUUCUGGACAAACUGAUGGGAAGGACAUCUGGAUAUGAUGCCAGAAUAAGACCAAACUUUAAAGGUCCUCCAGUCAAUGUCUCCUGUAACAUUUUCAUCAACAGCUUUGGUUCCAUUGCUGAAACCACCAUGGACUAUCGCGUGAACAUUUUCCUUCGUCAGCAGUGGAAUGAUCCCAGGCUUGCCUAUGCAGAAUAUCCAGAUGACUCUUUGGAUUUGGACCCCUCUAUGUUAGACUCCAUUUGGAAGCCAGAUCUGUUCUUCGCCAAUGAAAAGGGUGCACACUUCCAUGAGGUUACAACAGACAACAAGUUGCUGCGGAUUUUUAAGAAUGGAAAUGUUUUAUACUCUAUAAGAUUAACGUUAACGCUCUCAUGUCCCAUGGAUCUAAAAAACUUCCCCAUGGAUGUUCAGACCUGCAUUAUGCAGUUGGAAAGCUUCGGUUACACCAUGAAUGACCUGAUCUUCGAGUGGCAGGAGAAUGGACCGGUCCAAGUGGCCGAAGGACUAACGCUCCCACAGUUCAUCCUUAAAGAUGAAUCCGACCUCAGAUACUGUACCAAGCACUACAACACAGGUAAAUUUACUUGUAUUGAAGUGCGGUUCCACCUGGAGCGUCAGAUGGGCUACUACCUGAUCCAAAUGUACAUCCCGUCUCUGCUGAUUGUUAUUCUCUCCUGGGUCUCCUUUUGGAUUAACAUGGAUGCGGCCCCGGCCAGAGUGGCGCUUGGCAUCACUACUGUCCUCACAAUGACAACACAGAGCUCAGGCUCCAGGACUUCAUUGCCAAAGGUCUCCUAUGUGAAGGCAAUAGACAUCUGGAUGGCAGUGUGUCUUCUCUUUGUCUUCUCUGCACUGUUGGAGUAUGCUGCAGUUAAUUUUGUUUCUAGGCAACAUAAAGAGCUGCUACGAUUCAGGCGACAUCCCAAGAAGAGCAAGAACGGUGGAGGUGCAGUUGAUGCAGAUGCGCUAGCUGAAUCCCUCCAUCGUGUAAAUGUCGACAACGGCCUCAAGGCAUCAGACCCUCUCUAUGGAUCUAUCACCAACAUCUACAGCAGCAACUACAGGGAAGGGGAAGUGCAUGAGACCAGAGUGACCUCUACAGCUGCUGUAACCUCCACUCCCAGCAAUAGCAAGGACUCCAAGGCCACCACUAACAAUACUGUCACUGCACCAAACACUCAAGGAACCACGGCAAACACUGCUCUGAAUCGCCCGGGCGCUGCUUCAGGAGGUGGGAAAAGCAUGGAGGAGAUGAGGAAAUUAUUUAUUGACCGAGCCAAGAAGAUUGACACGGUGUCGAGGGCCGGUUUCCCCCUUGCCUUCCUGUUUUUCAACAUAUUCUACUGGGUUCUUUAUAAAAUACUUCGCCAUGAAGAUUUCCAUUAUCCAUAA